UCAGACGUUUCAGUCGCCUCCGGCUUCUUCGACGGUUCAGGCCGCCGUUCCCGCUCAACCUAAUACCAUUGGACGGACAUUUGAGUCGCCACAAGGGAAAAGUGGAACUCUUAAUUCCGAAACAUUAACAUUUCUUCAAACACUGCCACAAUUUUUUGUAAAAGUCCUCAAAGAGAACGAGAUAAAAAAGAAGUGGGAGGUUCCUGUUAUAAAGAAAAGAACAUGAAAGAGAAAACACCGAGGGAGUACAGAGAUGUCGUCAUCGUCGGAAACGGUCCUUCUGGGCUUUUUAUGUCUUAUCUACUAUCAGGAAAGUGUCCAACUUACAAUGGAGGAAAUCAUCCUGAGUUGAUUCUUGACUCUGCUCUUAAUUGCCUUGGAAGUGGACGCUGUCUAUAUGAUGCAGACUUAAUUACCAUUGCACAGUCUGUAGAAGGAAAUGGCACUCCGAUUGGCAUUUUAAUGGAUAAACUGCUCAGACCAGGUGCAGACAUAGGUCUUGAUAUGCCAUCACUUAUCGAUUGGAGGUGUCACAAAUCUUUAGAUCAUGUUGUUAUCGGAAAAGGACCGCCGGGAGGUAUAUGGCACACGAUCGAAGGGGACACACUCACUCUUUCUCCUUCCAAUUGGAUGGAGCUCCCAGGUUUCCCUUUUACUGAGUUUGAGAAUUCAGAAGGGCCAAAGCGAGUAAAAGCUUCGAUUGUGGCACGGUAUUAUACUCAGUAUGCUCGAAAAAUGAAUUUACAACAAUAUAUGAAGCGAGGAGUAGUCAACUGUAUACGCCCCUACGAGGACCUAACCGAUGAUGAGAACAAAACGAAUUGGGUCGUUGAAGGCAAUGAUCUAAAUGGUGCGCGGUUCUCAUAUAAGUGUAAAUAUGUAGUGCUUGCGUCUGGCACUUAUGAUUCACCUAAUGUGCUUGGUGUGGAAGGUGAAGAUUUACCAUGGGUUUACCACAGCUUAAAGGACUUUGAGGAUGAAUUUGACAGUGCUCAAUCGGUGUUAAUCGUCGGUGCGGGACUGAGUGCAGCGGAUGCCGUCAGGGCUUGUAGAUUCAGAUUAGCAGAAGUUCAUCACGUCUUCAGGAACCCUAAAAACCCUAUGGAGAAAAGUCUUCACUCGUCAAUGUACCCCGAUUACCACAAGAUAUGGCAGAUGAUGAACAUUGGUGAUGCUAAAUAUCCAGGAUACUUUCCAUACCGUGGUUGUAGUGUCCUUUCCUUUUAUGAAGAGGGCAGAGAACGGUAUGCCAAGUUGAGAUAUGAAAAUGGCACAGUUGAAUCUGUCCAAAUAAAUCUUGUGGUGAUCCUUAUUGGCUCUACUGCUGACUUGAGGUAUACUCAGAAAGAAGAUUUGGGCCUAACCACGGGCCCAGUGCAUUCCAGAGGAAAUUCAGUCCUCAUUGACCCUACUACUUCUGAAGUACUUCGCCUUCCCAAUUGUUUUGCAAUCGGCUCUCUCGCCGGAGAAAACUUUGUGAGGAACAUUACCGGGGCAGCAGUAAUGGCUGCUGCACGCAUAUAUAAAUUUCUGCAAUAGCAGAAAAUGGAGGGAAGAAAGCCUAAUACUAAAAUAUGAUUUUUGGUUUCCUGUAGAUAAAUACUUUCCAGAGUGAAAAACAAAGCUAGGCUGUGUUUCUUGGUGCUGUUUUAAUUUUAAUUUUUUUAAAGUUAAUUUUAUUUUUUUAAUUAUUCAUAUUUCAAUAUUAGGGAUAGAGAGAAAAAAAGAUAUUUUUUCAAAAUAAAUCUCUUAUCAAAAGA